AUGAACCUUCUGAUAGACAGUUAUUAUGCUAAGAAAAUAAAGAUUUUGUUUGAAAAUUAUGGUAUUACACAAUUUGUCAAGGAACCUACUAGAAUAACAGGCGACAGUGAAACACUUGUUGAUUUUGUAAUAAGCAAUGAAGAUAAUAUUAUUGCACAUGUGCACGAUAAACCCAAAUUGAGUGAUCACUCUGUUAUAUCUGUCAAUUUGAAUUGUGCGUCUUGGUCUGGUACUGGUGUUAAGAGAUUGUUCCGUGAUCUUGGCGUUGACAAUAUCGCCAGGAUCAAGUCUGUUCUGAUGGGUGUAGACUGGGGUCUCGGGACAGUGGAGGUGGAUGAAAUUUAUAGUAGAUUGAAUGAGACCUGUCAGUGUGUGGUGGAUGAGAUUGCACCAAUUAAGUCACGUAAAUAUAAUUCUCGUGUGCCUUGGAUGGAUAGGGAGAUCGAUAGAGAGAUGAAGUGUAGAGAUGAAUUGUAUAGGUCCUUCAAGUACUGUACAGGAGGGCAAAGGAAUGAUGCAUGGAAUGCAUUCAAGAGAAAAAGAAAUGAUGUGGGGCAAUUCCAAAGAAAUGUGGAGAACCUUAAAAAACUAAUAAGCGUGAAUGAAGUCGGGAGUGCAAAUUCUAAGUUCAAGGAUGGUAACGAUGAUAUUGUUUUUAGAGAACCACAGAUGAUAGCUGAGCGUUUCAAUGUGUUCUUUGUUCAGAGUGUUGCUGACAUUGUUGAUGCUUUUGAUCCUCAUACUAUUUGGUAUAACAGUGACAACAAUUUAUAUAAACCCUUUAGCAAUUUUGAGAUGAUUGGUUUUGAACAAUUAAAAAAGAUCAUGGGAACUAUAAAAGCUUUGGUAAACACCUCAUUGGAGAGGGGACAAGUACCGGACUUGUUGAAGAUUAGUACUGUUAUACCUAUUCCUAAAGUUGUUGGAACGCUUAACGCAUGUGAGUUCAGGCCAGUUAAUACAUUGCCAACUAUUGAAAAAGUCCUCGAACGCACAGUAUAUGAACAAUUGUUGAGACAUGUUGAGUCGAAUGAGAUAUUGAUGAGUAAUCAGUCGGGUUUCAGAAAAGGGUAUUCUUGUGAAGCGGCUCUACAAUUUAUGAUCACUAAAAUUAAAGUUGAAAUGGAUUCUGAUAAAUAUGUUGUGUGUGUAUUUUUGGAUUUAAAACGGGCUUUCGAGACAAUUGAUAGACGAAUAUUAAUGCGAAAAUUACGACAAUAUGGAGUUAGUGGUGUGGUUUAUGACUGGUUUGAUAGCUAUUUAAGAAAUCGAAAGCAAAAAGUCAGGUUCAACGAUGGGGUUUCAGAAGAAUUGGAUGUAGACUCUGGUGUUCCACAGGGGAGUGUGCUGGGACCUCUUUUGUUCUUGUUGUAUGUGAAUGAUGUUGAUCUGUUUGUGCAGUGUGAUUUGAUAAACCUGUUUGCGGAUGAUAAAGUCAUUGCUUGUUCAGAUUGUAGUUUGGAUGAAGCAGUUAGGAGGAUGAAUAUUGCGUUGGAACAGAUUGGAAGGUAUCUUAUGUUGAACAGGCUCAGGCUGAACACCAGUAAAACUAAAGUAAUGAUAUUCACUAGUAGAUCCAAGUAUAAUCUUGUUGAUGUUGAUGGUGUGAAUUUGGGAAUAGACGGGCAGAGACUGGAUGUGGUUGAGCAUGUGAAAUAUUUGGGUUUCCAUCUUGAUAAUACCCUGUCCUUUGAAAGGCACUUCGAUUUUGUUCACGGAAAGAUUUCAAAGAAACUUGGUUUCUUUACAAGAUUGGCGGCUGAUCUGACCCCUACUUCUGAAAUAUUGGUAUACAAUACCAUAAUACAGCCACAUUUUGAUUAUUGUUCGACCAUUAUGUUUUUGUUUAAUGAUGGCAAAUUAGAGAAACUACAAAAACUACAGAAUAGGGGAAUGCGUGUCAUUCUGGGAGUAAACAGACGUACACCCAUUUUGUCAAUGUUGGAUGCUCUGCAGUGGCUUUCAGUGAGGCAGAGAUUAUAUUAUUUCACAAUGAUUUUUAUACAUAAAAUUUUGAUAGGUUCUGCUCCUGAUUAUUUCUGGACGUUUGUUGAUUUUCCCGAAAGCAUGCACGGGUACCGGACUAGGACUGCUGGCAAUUUUUAUUUGAGUAGAGUGAAUUAUAGUAGAAGCAUGAGAUCUUUAAUAUAUAAGGGUUUUCAGGAGUACAAUGCUUUACCAACCAAUAUUAAGGAAUGUUCCAAUUUGAGAGAUUUUAAGUGUGAAAUUAAGAAAUAUGCUAGGAUUAAGAAAUGA